CUAUAAUGAUCGUAACAUCAUCAGCGCCCCUGGCGCCGCCCCUUGCACUACUAUGUUUGCGUUAUCAAUGCACCUUGCGCCACCGUCCGCACCAGUUCGUGUCGCCGCAGCGCUGUCGUUUCUACUGGCCGGAUCAAGUUUCACAACGUUGGUAAUAACACCAAGCUGCGUGGAGGAGGAACAGAAUAUGGGGCACAUGUUUGGCGGUUCUGUUCGCGGCGAUGCUGUGGGACAUGAACGGUGAAUUAAAGCGAAUGUCUUCGCUGGCCGGAAUCGUGCUCUUGCUGCUGCUGGGCUUCGUGUUCUCCAAGAAUCGCAAUCGGAUCUCCUGGGGUCCGGUGGUGGGCUGCAUCGCAGCCACUUUUUUAGCCGGCCUGGUUCUUCUUCGGUUCGACCUAGGAGCGCCGCUGGCGAACUGCGCCGUGAGCAAGCUGCGUAGCUACGUCUCCUGGCUUACGGCUGGCGGGCGUUUCGCUUUCGGGUACCUGGCGCAGGGGGCGAACAGGAGCCGACGCCUGACGAACGUCACGCCCGUCGUACGGGACGGCAUCGUCGACAUACCACCUGUGUUCGCGUUCAGCGUACUGCCCUCGCUCUGCUACAUGGCUGCGCUCUUGCGGAUACUGUACUACGUGGGCUUCAUGCAGGCCUGUCUAGGCAACAUCCACCACUACGUCAACGUUGGCCCAAGCUUCAACUCCUACGAGGUCUUGAUCGCACUCCUCAGCGCUGUGAACGGCCCCGUGGAGUCGAUGCUGCUCGUACACCCGUACCUGCUGACUAUGUCGAGAUCCAGCCUGCACUGCAUCCUCACUCUCGAUUGCGGCACCGUCUCGGGACGGCUUAUGCCAGUCUACGUGGACCUCGGGGAACGCUCUCGCAUGCUGGCCACGUUCGCGCUGUGCGACUCCUCCAACGUGGGCGUGGCGGGCACCAUCGUGAGCUUGCUGAUCAUGCUGUGUCCGCGCAAGAGUGAGCUGUUCGCCAACGUCGUGGGGUACGCGUUCUUCUCCAGCUUAGCUACGUCGGUGCUCGCCGCCUGCGUUGCCGGCUGCUUGACCCGAUGACAAUGUUUUGAAGAAACUACCAACGCUGCCCUUUGGUCUUCUUUUUCAUUCUUCGUUACUGUGCUGGAAAUGUACUCGACCAUGCUGACACAACAUAGGAAAACUUUGUGUUCUAUAUUGCCCUAAGUUCCAAGGGACGAAAUAUUCGCAAAAGUGCGAAUUGAAUUGAAGCUUUGUUCUUCGUGGACUUAUAGCCGGUAAACUAUACAGCGGCACGACAAAAACCAAGCUUGCAGCCUCCAUUAUAAUACGCUUAUAUACUUUCUCUUGUACUACUUCGUUGUGUGUUUGACUUUAUAAAGCAUAGAUAGUGGCAUUCUGGUACUGCCUGAAGCUGCGCCUAGAGUUGCGAUUCCGAAGCAGGCCACUCCCCUUCCCCUACUCCCUCUGGAUUCGCCACUCCUUAGUUGACCUUUGUUUUUGGUUUAGUGUGUUUCUCCGCCAGGCCUGCUGUAUAGCUUUUGCGGCCCCGCCACAUGGGCGCGGUCAUCUUUGAACACGCGACUACGUCGCCAUUUAGUGCCUUCUGGCUUUCCCUUCCCAUAGCAAACGACGUGCUGAAUAAAUGAAGAAAAAGAUG